GUCGGUGCUGUCGGUGCUGUCGAUGCCGCCGACAGCGGCGGUCGGGUGCUGCAUAUCGCCCGGGAAUGGCAUCCGGUGCGGUCGCCGCGCUGUGAUUUCAAACCUCGCCCGGCCGGCUUGCCUGGGGCGAGGGGCGCUUGUGGUCCCUUGGCGGAUCGGCCUUGUCGGGCCAUGCCCGUUUUUUUCUCACCGGCCCCCAUCGGAGUAUAAAUCCCUCGCAGCACCGCUCCCGCCGUUGUCGUUCUCACCCUGUCGCCACGACGCUGUCUUCGUCUUCCUGUUGCUACUACUGUUGCUGCCACCAGCCGUGCCCGCUGCCCGUUGAACCCCUCGCCCCGCAAUUCAACCCCAACGCCAAGAUACCAUGACCCUCGAUCUGUCCAAAGUCUCUGAUCCCUCCGUCCAGUUCCUGGCCACUGGUCGCGGCGCGGCCGGUCUCGCUGCCAACCGGCCGCUGCCCAGUCCCGUCCCUGGGUCGCCUCUGCUGCUGCCUGUCGGAACCAGUCUGGUUCUCUCGACCGGGAACGGCACCACCAACCUCGGCUCGAACCUGUCCAAGCUCAAAGGCUCUCGUAACGAGCUCCUCCACAACCUCACUGAAGCCAUCCACACAGGCUCCUAUGCCCUCGUCGGGCGCACCAACGAAACUCCCGCUGUCGUCAUCGGCCAUUGGAACCAGUGGAGCUCCUGGAGCAACGAUGAGGAGCCUGCCGACAUUGACCUGUCAGUCAAGCUGUUUUUCGCCAAAGACGCAACCCCCCAAGACGUGCGAGAGGCCUGCCAAUACUACAAGUUCCUGGUCUCACCCUCGUCCUCGAUCGAUUCGCUCUUUGUCCAGUUCGACACCGGCAAAUACGACGAAGAGUCGUCGGAUCAAGUCCAGUCGCCCGACAGUGCGACGGAUCUCUCGGCCCCGUCGUCCAGCCAGCUGGGCGAGCUGUGGAGGGCACUGGAGACCUGCAUCCGUGACCGCGACGUCAAGAGUGUCGGAGUCGCCGGCCUUAACAAGCCCCAACUCGAGAGCUUUUUGCAGACCACAACCGAUGUUCUGCCCUCCGCCGUCCAGGUCAACAUCUCGAGCUCGCCCCAGGAUAUCGACGAUCUGAUUGAAUACGCCGAGUCCCAGGGCCUCUCGGUGUAUGCCCAUCGAGACUCUCUCGAGUUCCUGCCCAACACCCACCUCUUCAAGCUCCUGAGCAGCCAUGGCGUCAUCGCCUCGGAUGUAGGGUCGAUCCACGUCGGCUGGGUGAUCAAGUGCUCUGCCUUUGACCACACCCGGGGCGUUCUGCUGAACAAGGGAUACCUUGUUGGUGCCAAGGCAUGUUAGUUGCCAAAUCUCAGCCACCAGCGCCACCGCCACCACCAUGAACGCCACCAGCACACCACUGUCAAGACUCAACAGCACCCAUCGACGAUUGCAUGUCCGCACAUAAACCAUACAAACUAUCACAGUACCGAUGCGGAGGCCACAUCCUCCAUCCUUUCCUCGCUCGGACCGGUCGCCUUCCACGCUAUGACACACAAUAUGAUCCGCUCGCCGCACCGCACCGCACCGCACCGCAUCCGACGAGCCGACGAUACGAGGACAACGCUUGCCGCAGAGAGCAGUUCGAGCAUGCCGUCUGUUCCGCACACUGCGGGCCAGCGCCAGAGUUACUCGAUGGGCCUUUCCCUGCUCUAGCCUGCCGACAGCAGUGACAAUGCCAGGCCAGGCCAGACGCCCCGCAGUCGUGCCCUGUAUGCUCGGUCCUGAUGCCACCAACGCGAAUACAUAGGAU